AUGCCUUCAAUCGCUCCAGCAGGCCCUGACUAUGAUGUCAUCAUCAUAGGUGCCGGGUUGUCUGGCAUUUGCAGUCUCUAUCACGUUCGAAAGCGUUUUCCGCAGUGGCGCGUGAAGGUUAUUGACAACGCGCCAGACGUUGGUGGCACUUGGUACUGGAAUCAGUAUCCUGGAUGUCGUUUUGACUCGGAAUCACUGUCGUACAGCUUCUCUUUCGACAAGGAAUUCCUUGAUGAAUGGCACUGGAAGGAGGCAUUCUCUCCGCAACCGGAAACGCAAAAGUACAUCAAACGCAUUGCCGAGAAACACGACAUGUACAAAGAUAUACAGUUCAACACACAGAUAGAAACAGCUCAUUGGAACGAUGCAAACCAUACAUGGUCUUUCGUCGAUGCGGAGAAAAGAGAGUACACAGCACGAUUCUUUCUGAGCUGCCUUGGCUUCCUUUCUACCCCAACGCUGCCUGCCAUACCUGGAGUCCAUGAUUUCAAAGGCGAGGCGUUUCAUACGUCCAGGUGGCCAUCCAGCCUCGACAUCAGUCGCGACUUUGCCAAUAAACGCAUCGGCGUCAUUGGCACCGGUGCCACAGGCAUUCAGACUAUCACCGCCAUUUCAAAACAGCCCGGCUUCAAGUCACUCAGCGUUUUCCAACGAACAGCUAAUUGGUCGGCGCCGCUUCGUAACUUCGAAAUCACUCCUGAACAAAUGAAUAUCUACAGAAGCGAGUAUGACUCGGUAUUUAAGACUUGCGCGGAAACAUCGGCUGGUUUCAUACACCAAGCUGAUCCACGAAAGUCGUCAGAAGUGACUGAAGAGGAGCGUCUGGCGCACUGGGAGAAGAUGUACAAUGCGCCAGGCUUUGGAAAGAUGUUAGGCGUUUUCAGCGAUACAUACACCGAUCGUCAGGCGAACGAACUAUACUCCAAAUACAUGGCAGACAAGAUUCGACAGCGGAUACAUGAUCCUGAGACGGCAGAAAGUCUGAUUCCCAAGAAUCAUGGUUUUGGUACUCGACGAGUGCCCCUUGAAAGCGGCUACUUCGAAGCAUACAAUGAGCCAAACAUCCACUUAGUCGAUCUUCAGAAGACGACAAUUACAAAAAUAACCGCUGAUGGUAUCGUGACUUCGGACGGGACGAAGCACGAGCUGGACGUUUUGGUAUACGCUACUGGUUUCGAUGCCAUUACUGGUGCAUUCAACGCUAUCGAGUGGCACGGCAAAGACAACCGCCCCUUGAUCGCAAGCAGUGAUACCAAAGAAGGCAACCAAGCCAUCUGGCCUGACCACAAACCUCACACGUUCCUGGGCAUCACCGUGCCUUCCAUGCCAAACAUGUUCAUGACACUCGGCCCCCACCAGCCUUUUGGUAAUGCUACACGGAGCAUAGAACACGUGGUACACGUCAUCGAGGAACUGCUGCAGUACUGCAAGGACAACAAUUAUACCUCUGUCGAACCAACGCAAGAGGCGGUUGAUGCAUGGACGGAGCACGUGUACGAGUGCAGCAAGGGCAGUCUGAUGAAUGAAGUGGAUAGCUGGAUGACGGGAGUGAACAAAAACGUAAAGGGCAAGACGGAGAGAAGUAGACAUCCUGCGAGGUACACUGGGAGUGCGAUUGAGUACCGUAGGCGCUGUGAGGAGUGCAAGACCUCUGGAUACAAGGGAUUGGUCUUUGCGUAG